AUGACCCAUGACUGUUGUGCCAGACCCAACUCUAACCACAUCAACAAGUUUGCAGAUGACACAACAGUGGUGGGCCUCAUCAGCAACGAUGAUGACUCAGCCUACAGAGAGGAGGUACACCAACUCAUCAACUGUGCUGUGGAAUCAGUGAAAAGCACCAAGUUCCUGGGGGUGCACAUCACAGAUGACCUGACAUGGACAACUAACACCACCUCCCUUGUCAAGAAAGCACAGCAACGCCUCCACUUCCUAUGCAGGAUGAGGAGAGCCGACCUCCCCCCUUCUGCACUCACCACCUUCUACAGGGGUGCCAUUGAGAGCAUCCUCACCAGCAGCCUUGGAGUUAAAAUGGUGGCAGAGACAUCUCUUAUUAAUUCAAAUUUAACACGUUUCAUGGCAAUUCUGACCAUGGAAAAGUUGGACCUACCACCAUCUAGUGCUUUGUCUGUGUUCAUUUUUGGGAUCAUCACAUACUGUUUAAUUUUGUUCCUCCACUCCAUGUUACUUGUGGCAAUUGUUGUAAAAAAGGAUCUCCAUAAACCUAUGUACAUACUGCUAUUUAAUUUAUCCAUAUGUGACCUUUUGGGAUCUACAGCUUUUUACCCUCAGCUGGUUUGUAGCAUAUUGUCUCAGACUCGAGAAAUCUCCUACCUUGCCUGUGCCUUACAAGGCCUGUUUAUUCACCUAUAUGGGAAUGGAUCUCUUUUAUUUCUCACUGUUAUGUCUUAUGACAGAUAUAUUGCCAUUUGCCAGCCUUUGAGAUAUCAUAAUAUAAUGACACAAGCUGUUUUGAUAAAAUUUAUCUUCUUGGUCUGGUCUGUAAAUUGUACUAUGAUUGGGACUUCAUUUGUGCUCACAUUAAGCAAAGAAAUCUGCAGGACAAAUAUAGUGGACACAUUCUGCAAUAAUCCAUCAUUAAUGAGGUUAAGCUGUGAGGAUACAAGAGUAGUUAACUACUACGGCUUGUUUACUAUCGCUCUUUCCCAAGGCUCUUCCGUACUGAUAGUGUCAUUAACAUAUAUCAAAAUCCUAAUUACCUGUCUUUCUACACAACAGAAAAAUUCUAUAAGGAAGGCAAUGCAAACCUGUGGGACACAUUUAGUUGUUUUUCUGAGUUUUGAGGUUAAUGGAUUCUUAGCACUGCUUUCUCACAGGUUAGAAACAGUAUCUCCACACUUAAGAAGAGCCUUUGGUGUUUCAAUUAUUAUUUUUCCUCCAAUUCUUAACCCACUUAUUUAUGGAUUGAAAACAAGGGAAAUCCGACAAACUAUAUUUAAGUUCUUCAAAAGAAAGAUCGCUUCUAGAUAA